AUGGAGCGGUGCCAUCCGUCCGAGGUGUACGAGCUCUUCGUCCGGCACAUGAACACCCCGAGGGUCGUGGUGGACAACGGGGUGUGCGAGACGGCGACGCUGGUGCAGGUGCACAGCGCGCGGAAGCACGGCGUGCUGCUGGAGGCGGUGGCCGCGCUGUCGGAGCACGGCGUCUGCGUCCGGAAGGGGUACAUCUCCUCCGACGACGGCCGGUGGUUCAUGGACGUCUUCCACGUCACGGACGCAGCGGGCUGCAAGGUCGCCGACGCCGACAAGCUGCUCGUCCGGCUCGAGUCCUCGCUCGCCGCCGCGGCGGCCGCGGCCGACGCAUUGCCGCGCCCGGUGGGGUGCGACCCGCCCGCCAAGGAGGCGCUCUGCCUGCUCGAGCUCAUCGGCGUCGACCGCCCGGGGCUCCUCUCGGAGGUGUUCGCCGUGCUGCACGACCUGCGCUGCAGCACCGUGGACGCCAAGGCGUGGACGCACGGCGGCUGCGUCGCCGCCCUGGUGUUCGUCCGCGACGAGGACACCGGCGCGCCCAUCCACGACGCGGCCCGGAUCAGGCGCAUCGAGUCCCGGCUCAGGCACGUCCUCCGGGGCGGCGCGCGCGGCGCGAGGACGGUCCUGCUCGACGCGGCGGCGGUCGGCAACCUGGACCGGAGGCUCCACCAGCUGCUGAGCGAGGACAGGGAUGCCGACCGCCGGGCCCCCGCGGAGGGGCCGGCGACGACGGCGACGGCGGUGGCGGUGCAGGAGUGGGGGGAACGGGGGUACUCGGUGGUGACCGUGAGCUGCCGCGACCGGCCGAAGCUGCUGUUCGACGUCGUCUGCACCUUGACAGACCUGGACUACGUGGUGUACCACGGCACCUUCGACACCGACGGCGAUCACGCGCAGCAGGAAUUCUACAUCAGGCGGCUGGACGGGCGGGCUGCUGGCCUACGUGACGCGCGUGUUCCGGGAGAACAGCCUCUCGGUCACGCACGCCGAGAUCACCACCAGGGGCGACAUGGCCGUGAACGUCUUCCACGUCACCGACGUGGCCGGCCGCCCCGCCGACCCCAAGACCAUCGACGAGGUCAUCCACGGGGUCGGCACCGAGAGCCUCCGCGUGGACGAGGAGCGGUGGCCCCGCCUCUGCUCGACGGAGGGGGACGCCGGCGGCGGCGGCGCAGGCGCUGGCUUGUUCUCGCUCGGCAGCCUGGUGAAGAAGAAUCUCUACAACCUUGGCCUCAUCAGAUCCUGCUCCUGAAGGACCGGAGGAGGAGGACGCGUGUCGGACGGGAUGCUUUGUGUGAAUACGGGACGGUACAGGGGCUAGUUUGUAAAUUAAGUAGGUCUUCUUUUUCUAGGUCUAGCGGUUACGUGUACAUAGCAGACACGAGGAAGUUGCCGGUGGGUCAUGUAUGUACGUAUGUUCCGUUUACGUGCAAGUAG